AUGACGCUUUUCAGCGCACUUAGAAAGUUACCAGAUAUGGAAGUCGUUGGUCUCAAUUUUUCCAGCGCAACUACGCCAGAACUUAUCUUGAAGACCUUUGAACAGUACUGCGACUAUCGAAAGACACCCACUGGCGUUAUGCUAUCACCUAAAGCAAUAUGUCGAUGGAUUGUCGUAUUCUGCGAUGAAAUCAAUCUCCCAGCUACAGACAAGUAUGGUACUCAGCGCGUUAUUUCAUUAUUAAGACAACUAAUCGAAUAUGGAGGAUACUGGAAAACAUCCGACAAAGCAUGGGUCAAGCUUGAACGUAUUCAGUUUGUCGGUGCUUGUAAUCCACCAACUGAUCCUGGGCGAGUGCCACUUACUCACAGCCGUUAUG